CGCACUGUUACUAGUGAUGGAAGUUGUAUACACUGCUAUAAAUACUGGGAGUAAUUUACGGAUCCUCAUAUUGAGCAAGUCCAUCGUCUAGUAUCAUCUACUGAUCAGUCAUCAGUGCCUGCAAGUCUAAGAUUUCAUCAGUUAACAAUCUAUGGAUCAGGUGAUCAUUCGAAAUGUCCACAUGAAUGGAGGCACUUCUGAAACAAGUUAUUCUGCUAAUUCAUCGGUUCAGAAUAAACAGAAGAGAGCUAUAUUAAUAACCAGACCAAUAGUAGAGGAGGCGACAUUGAACGUACUAUCUAAGUCGUACAUCUUUGCAGCGAAGUCUAAGCUGAAGCGUACUACUAUAGGCAUAGCAGAGUUAGAUUGUGCAUCGGGACCUAAUGCAUUGUUAGUCGUCUCUCAUAUUUUGGAAACUAUCUACAACAAACAUUAUAGAUCUGGUAGUGUUAUGCCUGAGAUUCUCGUGUUCCUUAAUGAUCUUCCCGGGAAUGACUUUAACACCCUUUUUAAGGAUGUGGGAAGUUUCUGUGAUGAAUUAAGAAGAAGUAAUGGAGAUGGUUUUGGACCAUGUUUUGUUGCUGGAAUUCCUGGUACAUUCUAUGGUCGACUGUUUCCUAGUGACACUCUUCACAUCGUUCAUUCUUCCUAUAGCCUUCAGUGGUUAUCGCAGGUACCUCAAGGGAUUGAGAAGUCGAACAAGGGAAACUUUUACAUCACAAAAUCAAGUCCUCCAUCUGUAAUCACAGCCUACUUAAACCAAUUCAAGAAAGAUUUUAGGGUGUUUCUCGAGUGUCGCUCGGAGGAAUUAGUUAACGGAGGAAGAAUGGUUUUAACACUCGUGGGUAGAAGCAGAUCAGAUCCUACUAGUAAAGAUUGUUGUUCUUUCUGGGAAUUAUUAGCUCUGUCAGCCCAUGACAUGGUUUUACAGGGAGCCAUUGAAAAGGAGAAAUUCGACUUAUUUAACAUUCCUAAUUAUUUUCCUUCCCCUGAAGAAGUAAAGUCUAUAAUUCUGUGCGAAGGUUCAUUCACAACUAAUCAACUAGAGACAUUUCACGUGAAUUGGGAUGGUAGUGAUCCCAAGGAAAAUGCAAAUUCAGUGACACGUAACAAGUUAGAAAGUAGCCAUUACGCAGCUAACAUCCUCAGAGCAGUGUCAGAACCCUUACUAGCGAAUCAAUUUGGGGAGGAGAUAAUGGAUAAAUUGUAUGGUAGGUUCAGGGAGAGAAUUGCCGAAUACGCAGCCAAAGGGAAAACUGAGUUCACAAACUUAGUUAUCUCCAUGACUAAGAUGGAAAAAGAUCUAUAAUAUAGUCUUUAUGCCCUAUGUAAUUCCACAUCGUCCGCACAGUGUAAGCCUGUAAGCCGAAGUAUUCUGUUUGUUAAUCUUUUGGUACGAGCGUUUUGUAAUUUUUAUUGCGAUAUAUUUUGGGAGUUGCGAUUUUGGAUUUGGUUAGAGCUGUCUCUGACUAAGUUAAAGUACCAUCAUCUUACACGAGA